AUGGCGACUUCAAAAGCAGCGUAUCUCGCCGGAAAAGUUAUUGGUCAUAAUAAUGCAAUCACUAAGCAAGAUGUCUCUAGCUACCUGUAUUCAGAGGAUAGUUUUGAUACUAUGAAAGUUUUGGUCCGAAAAGGAAAUCACAAGGAUACCGACGUAAUUCUCAAAGUCACUGGUUCCACCGUCUGCGGGUUGGACUUACAUCUCCAUCAUGGCGCAGUGGUUCAAAUUGCCGACGGCGACAUUCUGGGACAUGAAUUCCGCGGCAUCGUAGAGCUAGUUGGCCUUGCUGUCAACAAAGUCAAGACGACUGGUAUUUUUAGGUAUUCUCAUCUCAAAAGUGAAUUCGGUGGUGGGCAGACAGAGUAUAUCUGUGUACCACUAGGUGAUGUGAAUUUGCUGGGGAUUUCUGAUAAUAUUAUGGAUGAAAAGGCGCUAAAUGUCUCUGGCAUUCUCUGCACUUCGUAUCACGCCGUCAAAGAUACAACUGUCUACCAGGGCGAUCAAGUGGCCAUAUUUGGCGCAGGUCCCAUUGGACAGAUGGCUAACAUUUUUGCCUUUAGAGAGGGAGCAUCCGAAAUCAUAUUUGUAGACACCGAGUCGCGACUUACUUUCAUGAAGCAGCGUUUCUCUACUGAGCACAACGACAAACUUCUUCUGAUCGAUAAUAAGACGCAGCCGCACGGUAUCGCUUCCAAGGAAACUGUUGUCAGCAAACUGAAAGACAUUUGUGACGGCCGAGGACCUGCUGUCGCUUUCGAGUGUGCUGCAGGCGAGAUGCUCAAUGAGAUGAUUAAAAGAGUUCGCAAUCAUAGUCACUGUAGUAUCACGGGUGUUUAUGUUGCAUACUUAAGUACAUAUCUCGAUUGUUCUAUCGAGAUGCUGAACACUAAUAGACUUAGACGAAACCAUUUCAAUGUCGGUUCACUCAUGCAGAGAGGUAUUCGCCUUAUCGGAAACGGCCAAGCACCGGUACACAAAUACUACGAAGAGAUGCUUGCCAAGAUCCAGAAAGACGAACUCGACCUCCUGCAGAUGGUCUCUCAUAGAGUCCGAUUGGAGGAUCUAGACAAAGGGCGGAGGCAAAAGGUGCUUUUCGAGACCAAAUUCUCUCUGCCCAAGGUUCCGGAGUCCCUUGAAGUAACCCCGUAUUAA